AUGGAUAGUGAAGGUAGAAAAGUAAUCGUAUGUGAUAAUGGUACUGGGUUCGUUAAGUGUGGGUAUGCCGGCAGUAAUUUUCCUGCUUAUAUAUUCCCUUCAAUGGUAGGAAGGCCUAUAAUUAGAGCAGUCAACAAAAUAGGUGAUAUUGAAGUUAAGGGAGUGGCAAGUACUCUUCCUGAUCUCAUGGUAGGAGAUGAAGCUUCGGCUCUUAGGUCACUUCUAGAAGUCAAUUACCCAAUGGAAAAUGGGGUCGUCCGAAAUUGGGAAGAUAUGUGCCAUGUCUGGGACUAUACGUUUGGUCCUAAAAAGAUGGACUUAAAUCCAAGAGAUACCAAAAUACUACUGACUGAACCUCCUAUGAACCCUACCAAAAACAGGGAAAAAAUGAUUGAAGUUAUGUUUGAAAAGUAUGGAUUUGCCGGUGCUUACGUUGCCAUUCAAGCUGUGUUGACUCUUUAUGCCCAAGGUUUAUUAUCAGGUGUUGUAGUUGAUUCUGGAGAUGGAGUGACUCAUAUAUGUCCAGUUUAUGAAGAAUACGCACUGCCUCACCUCACUAGGAGAUUGGACAUCGCUGGAAGAGAUAUCACCCGCUAUCUUAUUAAAUUGUUAUUGCUCAGAGGAUACGCGUUUAACCAUUCUGCGGAUUUUGAAACUGUACGAAUGAUGAAAGAAAAACUGUGUUAUAUAGGUUACGACAUAGAAACAGAACAGCGUCUAGCUUUAGAAACAACUGUUUUAGUGGAGCCAUAUACUUUACCGGACGGAAGAGUCAUAAAAGUAGGAGGAGAACGAUUUGAGGCACCGGAAGCCCUCUUCCAACCACAUUUGAUCAACGUUGAAGGACAAGGCAUCGCCGAACUAGUAUUUAAUACUAUACAGGCGGCAGAUAUAGAUAUGCGAUCGGAACUGUACAAGCACAUCGUUCUAUCAGGAGGUUCCACAAUGUAUCCUGGGCUUCCUUCUAGAUUAGAACGAGAAAUCAAACAGUUAUAUAUAGAGCGGGUACUUAAAAACGACAUUGAAAAGCUCAACAAAUUCAAAAUUAGAAUAGAAGACCCUCCUAGAAGGAAAGACAUGGUGUUCAUAGGGGGAGCCGUUUUAGCCGAAGUUAUGAAAGACAGAGAUGCGUUUUGGCUAUCCAAACAAGAAUAUGAAGAACAAGGAUUGAAGAUAUUAAAGAAAUUGGGUGCCAGAGCUGUAUGA